AAGUAAUUAAGGAGAGACUGUGUAUUCAAUCAGAUCAACACUGUAGAGGGAUCGAGAGAGAUCCCGAGUCUCUGACCCGGUCUUGCGAUCCGAAUACCCGAGGACGAGGCCCGGUCUUUUCCUCGCCGUCAGGCCAUCUACCGGCGGAAAAACACGGAUGUUAGGUUCGUUUCUUUGAUACCGACUUCUUCCUGGUCUCUUUGACGGCGACAGACGGCGAUGAUACGAAGCUGGACAGCUAAAAGCUUCCCAGGCGGUUCUCCAGCUUUUUUCCGGCGACUCCGGCUACGGAUUGAGCUUCAUGUGGUAUAAAACUUAAUCCUUUCGUCACGCUCUACAUGCUAGUAUAAAUAGUUUUUGAAUUCCAUUGGGUUAUGAAGAAAUUGUGCUUUUGGGUGACGUCGGAUUUCAGUGUGAUUCCGGUUUCCGGCAGCGGUUCCGGAGUUUUUGAUUCGUCUCCGAUAACUACUGUUGCUUGCGUUCCUUCCUAGCUAAUCGAUUGCCACAGGUCGGAGUGUUACCAGAGGUACUGGUGAAUUCCUAAUCUUCCUCAGGCCAUGUCCUUCCUCUUGUAGGGAAAAGGAGAUGAACAGAAGUAUGGGUCCUAAAGAGAAUGGGUUGUCCAUUUGUGGGUAGAAAUCUGAUAACGUCAACCGGGAACAGGCUAAGCCUUUCCCAUUAACAUUUCCUCUUUUUUUGUUGACAUGUGAGCUGCACAUGUCUGGGCCCAAACAAGACGAGCAUGUAAAGCUCCGAGCAUGGAAGACGUUCUCUGUUUUGUCCUUUAUGAAUCGGGAGGCUACAAAUUAUAAAUCCAUAGAAGAUGAUCUUCUUCAACUUCGAACCACUGGGCUGCCCCGCCUGCGCCUACUUUCAGUUCACUUGCUUACUCUCACCCUAAACCCCCAAAACCCUAAACCCUAAACCCACCCAUCUCUUCUUUUCACUCCCAUCUAUCUGCACAAAGUUGCAAACUCUCAUUUGCAGCUCUCCAUUUCAGGAGGGUGGUGAAGUUUAUAGAGCGAGGUUAAUGAUGACUGUAGGCAGAUGAGUGGGUGUCUCAGGUCCUUGAUGCUCACUGUAAACCAAUGCCACAACCCUAUGUUCUUCCAUCGCUACCGGCUUCAUUUCAGAACCAAACCCAAACCCACCUCAGUUAUCAAUCUUCGCAAGCACUUUUGUGGGAGUGUAGUCAGUUUGAGCUUGGCGGAAUAUAGUAAUGCAGCCAAUGCUCGUGUUUCGGAUGAUUAUCUAGUUCAUCAAAAUGAAGGUGGUCCAAAGGGGAUCGAUUUGUUGCAUUCUAUGGAAGCACGUUGCAUUCGUGCCAAUUCUCAGACGUAUAUUUGGCUUUUAAAAGGGUGCUUGAGUUCUGGGUCUUUGUUAGAUGCUAGGAAACUUCACUCUAGGAUUUUGAAGUUGGGGUUUGGUGGAGAAUAUGAAAUAAGUGACCUGUUUGUUGGUGUUUAUCUUGCAAAUGAUGACUCAUGCAGCGCAGUCAAGGUUUUCGAUGAUCUACCAUAUAGAAGUUUAUUCUCAUGGAAUAACAUAAUUCAUGGGUUUCUUGCAAAGAAGUUGACGGGUCAAGUAUUGGGUUUCUUUUCCCGAAUGGUAGCAGAAAAUGUGCGUCCUGAUGAGACCACGUUUGCAGGAGUUUUAAGGGCGUGUGGUGGUGGUAAUGCCAGUAUCCAAUAUGUGGAACAGAUUCAUGCUAGGAUUAUCCGCCAUUGUUUUGGUACUAGUUUACUUGUAUGUAAUCCCUUGAUCGAUUUGUAUGCUAAGAACAGCUCUGUGGAUUCUGCUAAAAAAGUCUUUGAUAAAUUGAAUUUUAGGGAUAGUGUUUCCUGGGUGGCUAUAAUUUCUGGCUUAUCUCGUAAUGGACGAGAAGAAGAAGCUGUUCUCCUAUUCAUCCAGAUGCAUACGUCAGGAAUUUUCCCAACUCCUUAUGUUUUCUCAAGCGUGAUUAGUGCCUGUGCAAAAAUAGAGUUAUUUGAGCUGGGUGAGCAGCUGCAAUGCCUUGUUUUCAAGGGAGGCUUUUCUUGUGAAACAUACGUAUGCAAUGCUCUUGUAACAUUAUAUUCCCGUUCAGGGAACUUCAUAUCUGCUGAACAAGUUUUCAAUACAAUGUGGUACAGGGAUGGAGUAUCAUAUAACUCAUUGAUAUCUGGGCUAGCUCAGUGUGGGUUUAGUGAUAGGGCUCUGGAAUUGUUCAAGAAAAUGCAGAGUGACUGUAUGGAACCUGACUGUGUAACAAUUGCUAGUCUUUUGAGUGCCUGUGCAUCAGUUGGUUAUCUGUAUAAGGGGAAACAACUCCACUCAUAUGCAAUUAAAGCAGGAAUGUCAUCAGAUAUAAUCCUCGAAGGGUCUCUGCUUGAUCUUUAUGUGAAAUGCUCAGAUUUGCAAACCGCCUAUGAAUUUUUCCUUACAACAGAGACAGAGAAUGUUGUCCUGUGGAAUGUGAUGCUAGUUGCUUAUGGGCAGCAAGAUGACCUGAUCGAAUCGUUUCAUAUUUUUAAACAAAUGCAUGUUGAGGGUAUGAUUCCUAAUCAAUAUACCUAUCCGAGUAUUUUGAGAACCUGUACUUCUGUUGGAGCUCUCAAUUUAGGAGAACAGGUUCAUACUCAAGCCAUAAAAACUGGCUUUCAGUUUAAUGCAUAUGUCUGUAGCGUGCUCAUUGAUAUGUAUGCUAAGCAUGGAAAACUGGAUACUGCCCUUGGAAUACUCAGAAGACUCACUGAAGAUGAUGUUGUUUCGUGGACAGCUAUGAUUGCAGGGUAUGCACAGCAUGAUUUGUUUGCUGAAGCUCUUUUACUUUUUGAAGAAAUGCAAAACCGAGGGAUUCGAUCUGACAACAUAGGAUUUUCAAGUGCAAUUAGUUCAUGUGCUGGUAUUCAAGCACUCAAUCAAGGUAGACAGAUUCAUGCUCAGUCAUGCAUAUCUGGUUAUUCGACUGAUCUUUCCGUUGGCAAUGCACUCGUUACCCUUUAUGCUAGAUGUGGUAGAAUAUGGGAAGCCUACCAAGCAUUUGAGAAAAUUGAUGUGAAAGAUAAUAUAUCAUGGAAUGGACUGAUAUCAGGGUUUGGACAGAGUGGGUACUGUGAGGAAGCACUGCAGUUAUUUUCUCAGAUGCAUCGAGCUGGAGUAGAAGCUAAUUUGUUCACAUUUGGCUCUGCAGUCAGCGCUGCUGCUAAUUUAGCAAAUAUAAAACAAGGAGAGCAGAUUCAUGCCAUGGUGAUAAAAACUGGGAACAAUUCAGAAGCUGAGGUUUCCAAUGCUUUAAUCACAUUAUACUCAAAGUGUGGUAGUGUUGAUGAUGCAAAGAGAGAGUUUAUUGAAAUGCCUGAAAAAAAUGAGAUUUCUUGGAAUGCCAUGAUCACCGGCUAUUCUCAGCAUGGGCAUGGUAUUGAAGCACUACAUCUAUUUGAGCAGAUGAAACAACUUGGUGUGGUGCCAAGCCAUGUCACAUUUGUGGGAGUACUUUCAGCUUGUAGCCAUGUAGGCUUGGUAAGUGAGGGGCUUGCAUACUUUGAAUCCAUGAGCAAAGAGCAUGGACUACUGCCUAAGGCUGAGCAUUAUGCUUGUGUUGUUGAUCUUCUUAGUCGAGCUGGUUCUUUGAGCCAGGCAAGAAAAUUCAUAACUGAGAUGCCAAUAAAACCAGAUUCAAUGAUUUGGAGGACUCUCUUAAGUGCUUGUAUAGCUAAAAAGAACACAGAAAUUGGGGAGGUUGCUGCCCGUCAUCUUCUAGAACUGGAACCUGAAGACUCAGCAACUUACGUUCUCAUAUCAAACAUGUAUGCAGUGGCAGGAAUGUGGGGUUAUAGGGAUCAGGCAAGGCAAUUAAUGAAGGAAAGGGGUGUGAAGAAAGAGCCUGGCCGCAGUUGGAUUGAGGUAAAGAAUUCGGUUCAUGCAUUCUAUGUUGGUGACCGGCUGCACCCACUUGCCAAUAAGAUAUAUGAAUUCUUAGGGGAUUUGAAUGAGCGGGCAGCUGAAAUUGGUUAUGUUGAGGACCGUAACAACCUCUGGAAUGACAUGGAGCAACAGCAUAAAGAUCCAACAGUGUACAUUCAUAGCGAGAAAUUGGCAAUAGCUUUUGGCCUGAUUAGCCUAUCUAAUACGAUUCCCAUACGUGUAAUUAAGAAUCUCCGUGUUUGUAAUGAUUGCCAUAAUUGGAUCAAGCAUACGUCGAAGAUCUCAAAAAGAACUAUCAUAGUACGAGAUGCAUAUCGUUUUCAUCAUUUUAAAGAUGGUGUUUGCUCUUGUAAAGAUUACUGGUAAGACUGCUGAAAAGGUUAAUAGAAAAGAAGUCUUGACACUGGGCAUUUGGAAUCACUUCAUUGUGUAUGAUUGUGGCCCCUAUUUGACUUUCCUCUUAUAGAAGACCAUGGACACUGGUACUCUGUUCCAUUUGUAGAUUCCAUGCAGAUUAGGUGGAUGAGGGGAGACCUUGAAGUCCUUAUAGGGUCCAAAUGGCAAACGUGUAGUGCAUCAUUUUCAGUCAGGACAAGACUGUUAAUAUAUUUCCACAUCCAUUAAACAAUGAAUCAGGACAAGACUGUUGGCAGAAAGUUUCAACGUGGGAAUAGCUGGAAUUGGAAGACCGCAGUGGCGGGAAUGUGGGGUUGUAGGGAUCAGUCAAGGCAACUAAUGAAGGGAACUUGUGUGAAGAAAGAGCCUGGCCGCAGUUGGAUUUGAGGUCGAGAAUUCAGUUCUUGCAUUCUGUGUUGGCGAACAACCACACUCGCUUGCAGGCAAGGUAUAUCAAUUAUUCGGGGACGGGCAUCUGAGUUUCGUUGUGUUCAGGACCAUACAACCUUUGGAAGGAAACAGACAACCUUUGGAAGGAAACAGAAUAACAGCAUAAGGACCCAACAGUUCUAUAUUCACAGCGAGAAAUUGGCAAUUGCUUUAGGCUUGCUUAGCUUAUUAUACGUGUAAUUAAGAAUCUCCUUUGUAAUGAUUGCCAUAAUUGGAUCAAGUACAUGCCAAUUAUCUCAAAUAGCGCUAACCCAAUAUGGGAUGCAAUCAUUUCAUCAUUUUAAAGGUGGUCUAAAGAUUACUGGUGAAAAGUUCUUCACAGGAAACGAUGUGUUUCAUAAUCUGUUAUUCUAUAAAAGACGAUAACGCAAUCUUGUCUGAA